AUAUCACUGAAAAGCUCAGAAUUUCCUUUCAAAGGCACAACAGGACUUAAUACAGUGGUUUGAAUGGCUUCAGAGAUACAGACCAAGAACUGACGACCACUAGAGAGGGCAAAAAUGAAUUGCUGGGUCUCAGGAGGAUAUAAAACCAAACAGUAUGAACACAGUUUAUGUCACAGGGGGCCCAAUAUUAAACUUUGCAUUUUUGACAGAGUCUAUAGUUUGAACUCAUGAGCUGUUUUGAUUUAAUGAUGGCGCAUCCCUUCUGUAUAGCAUGAUGGCGGCGGACCUUGUUUUCUCUACAUCGCCUCUCGUUCAGACUCCCAGAGAGGGCUGAAAACGGUGUCUCUUGUCCUCUCCUUUCAACCCAGGCGGUUUCGACCAACCGAGAAGAAAGAUAACAACCAUGAACUGUGUGUUGAUCGCCGCCUUACUGUCUCCUCUCUCUGCGGGCUGAGCACAGAUCACUCCCGCGGAUUAACCCCAACCCUCGCAUCGAAGAGUCAUCACGAGCAUUACAUCACCCGAUUCCCACACCCCGAAGCGUAAAAUGAGACCCCAUUUCAUAUUUAACCAGCGGAUCUGAACACUGGUGAUGAUGGGUGACGCCUGGAUUUUCAUUUUUUGACAUCGUGGGGAUUAUACAAAUAUAUCAACAAUGUCAACGUAGGCUAUACAAUUCAUCAGAGAGAUGAUGUCGCUUUUAUGAACAGGGGAUAGACGAACACCGUCAUCCGCAUCUCUGCCUGUCGGCUCCUUUGUGUUCGUAGAGAAUGUGAAUGGCGAAAGAUGACAUGGCAGAGGUAGAUUCAGCAUCAAGUGGAGCGGAACCCACGGGCGGGCUGGAGAUAGCAUUCCCGUACGAGGAGUAUGAAUGCAAAAUAUGUUACAAUUAUUUCGACCUUGACCGUCGUGCGCCAAAGAUUUUAGAAUGCUUGCACACAUUUUGCGAGGAGUGCCUGACCACACUCCAUCUCCGCGAGGAGCGUCCAUGGCGCAUCAGCUGCCCUAUAUGUCGCCACAGGACGCCCGUGCCGGACUAUCGGAUACAAAACCUGCCCAAUAAUACCAAGGUAACGGAGGAUUUCCCAUUGUACAUUGACUCUGACCCUCUGCCUCAGGAUGCUUUGCCCCUGUACCCUCCCCCGUUGCACCCCGCACUCGUCGCCCUCAGGCGCGAGGAGACAUCGGGUGCGUCCACGAGCCAAGCUACCCCCUCCACUACCUUGUCCACGGCCACUACCCUCUCCCAGGACUCCGUGCGCUAUGACAGCUGUCAGAGCUGCAAGCGGGUUGCCCUGACUACGGGCUGUGUGUGCGUGAUAUUCUCCUUUCUGUCCAUGCUGGUUCUGCUCUUCAUGGGCCUGAUCUUCGUGCACAGUCACAGCAGCCCGCCCUCGCCCGCGGGACCCAUUUGCCUGUCGGUGGCCAGCAUCCUAGCCAUGUUCUCGGUAGUCGUCACGUGGCUGAUCUGCUGGUUAAAAUAUAGACCCGAUCACGAAUCAGGCCGCUCAUCUGGAACGAAUAGGAGGAACGCCUGAUAAUGAAGAUGAAGAUGAUGAUAAUCAUGAUGAUAAUGUACUGUGUGUGUGAUUAUGUAUAUACUGCUGUAUACUAGCACAAUGUCCCUCCCUUUCCUUUCCUUUAUUUUUUUUAUUUUUAGAAAUAAACAUUGUCCAGAACGGCCUUUUAACAGUAGGAUAUAGCAAACACCAUAUAAAGGCCUUCAUCUGCUCAUUGAGCAGUAAGCCUACAGUAGCCUACCAUUGAUAAAUUCAUACAUGCACUUGUAGGUCUACCUAUGGAAGGCUUAUAUGAUGAUGGGUAACCUUGCCUGAGACCUAGAUUAACUGCCUUUGCUCCCAUACUAGACUGGUUGAAUGCACAGAGUUGAGGACCUGGGUUUGAUACCAGUUUCCUGAAAAGUAUACAUUACCCACUAUGCCGCUCACUGUAUGAAAACCUGUCCUCCCUCCCUUGCAUCUCAAAGACGCACCUGCCUAUGUUAUUGUAUUGUGGGCUAUACAAUUCCACAUGCAUAGGUUAGAGAUUUUGUAUCACAGCUAUAACAGGCCCACUGUUAUUUGAGAAGUCACUAAUAUAUGUAAUUGAGAAGUCACUAAUGUAAGAUGUGUAAAUAGUACAGUAUCUAUGAAGACAGGAGAGGUGUCAUUACUGGUAUUUAAAUGUACAUGGUGUUUAGGUUACCAAGAGUAGGUCUAGAGAACAGGUGCCUGCUCCAUUCUUAUUUGAAAUGUGCUCCGGUGGUAGGCCUACACUUGUGUACAUCUCUCUGGCCUUUCUCCUGCCUGUGUAGUCAGAUCAUUAUCAUCUGCCAGGCCUCUGAAAGCUCGGGUUCUGCUCAUAUGUCAGAAAGCAUCCUCUUCCCUUCCUCCUGCCUGUCAACUGAGCAUCACCACCGGUCUGACAGACAGUGAAUGUGAAAGCAAGGUUCCUUCCCACCAUAUUGCUUUGAGUCUUGUUGUCAUUCACUUCAGAUCAUUGAUGAGCUUCUUGAAGAAGGGAGGUGGCAUUUCCUCAAUUUUCGAAUGAGGCGCUAAUUUACCCCUCUCUUUUGGGAGACUAAAAUGAGAUGGAUUGGAUUUGUCAAUAUUAGUCAAUAGGCCAGGGGUAUUGAAAUCAGGGCCUACAGUGCUGCAUUGGUUCCCCUAUAAUCAGAGACUGAUGAGUGGACUCUCUGUCCAAUCAAUGAUAUUAAUCAAUCACUUAACUACCAUAGAAGGAGAAAUAAUCCCAACAGUACUACUGUAGACCACAAGGUUUAGAUUUAUACAGCCCUAAAGCUAUUACAUUUUGUAUUUACUUUAAACUGUAUGUGCUCUGUGUAGAACAGACACUGUUGGGCCCACUUGCUACAGACGCAUGUCUUUUAGGAUUCACAUAAAAAUAUGCACAUAGGAGAAGGCUGGGAUUUACAGAGAGUUAUAUCCAAGCACUUACUGCCCUAACACAUUCACUUUAACAUUGCCUCACAAUCAAACAUGAUUAUGGACCUGGCCUCUAAAGAUUGCCACUCCUGCUUCAAUCAACCUGUCAGACUGUCAGUAUAACCGUUAGAAGAUGCACUUUCACCCUCUUAUUUGACACAAGUAAAGGGUUUAUAUACUGUAUAUUGUCUAUUAUUGUAUUCAUUAAUUAUGGGAAAAAAACAAAAAACGUAUGUUUUGGAGUUUGUUGGAAAUGUCAUUGUUGUUAAGGUACUAAAAUGUAUUUGCACAGAUAAAUGUUACGUAUGUGCUGUUUAAAACAGUUCAGUAAUAAAGAAAACAGUACGA